AUGUCCUCAAAUGAACACAAGCUCCAAAAGUUUCUUCAGGAGAACGAAUCGAUUGAUUACAUUCGUCUUCAAUGGCUCGACUACUCUGGCAUUCUGCGCACCCGGUUUCUUCCUGUUGCUCGAUGCCUGGAAAUAGCUCAAGGAAAUGAGGAAUACCUUCUUCCGCAAGUGAGCAUGAUCUUCCCAGUCUCAACAGGCCCGACGAACCCUGGAAGUGAUCUCGAAAUCUGGGUACUGCGCCCUGACUGGUCCAUGCUACGUCGCUGCGGAUUUAGACCUCGUCAUGCCUCUGUCAUGUGCUUCUUGGAACACAAAGAGGCCGAGGAGACGUACAGCAAGUGUCCGCGGAUGCUAUUAUCUCGUGCCCUUGAAAGGCUUGAGAAAGAAUGGCACACAAAGGUCCUGGCCGGCUUUGAGAUUGAAUGCAUGCUCUUGGACAAGAACUGUGAGCCGCUCAAUGUAUUGGAUCGGUUGAACAGCUAUCAGACCACUGCGGGGUUGCGAGGCCAGACACUAGACAUAGUGGAGGAGAUUCUCGACAAUCUCAAGGACUCAUCUAUCCAUAUCUAUCACUUCCAUACCGAAACCCACGAUCAGAUAGAGUUUGCGCUCAGUCCUGAACCGCUACUCCUCGCUAUCGACUCUCUAAUCCUAGCACAGGAGACUAUACGUACCGUCUUCGUUAGGCACAAUAUUAAGGCAACAAUGACUCCUAAGCCACUCCUCGCAGGUCCAACGAAUGGCAUUCACUUACACAUGUCGGUUGACCAGCUAGCCCUGCCGGACACAAAUAAUUUCCUCGCAGGUAUUCUGAGCCACAUGAGUUCUCUUUGCGCCUUCGGGAUGGCCAGCUUUGACGGGUAUGUUCGGACUGGGACAGACGCAGCUGGCGCGUGGGUCGGGUUUGGCACUGAGAACCGCGACUUGCCAGUGCGCAAGAUAAGCGAUCAGCAUUGGGAGUUCCGUAUGCUGGAUAGCACCUCAAACUCGUACCUAUUCUCUGCGGCUGUUAUUCUGGCUGGCUUGAGUGGGCUGGCCCAGAAGGCGGAUCUUGUUUGGGAAGACUGCCGCGUUUUCCCUAAUUCGCUGGAUGACGGAGAACGUGCAAAGUACCAAAUGAACAAAAGAAUGCCUGCUAGUUUGCAGGAAGCAUUGGAGUCGCUGAAAGCGGACGCUACAAUGAAUACUUUGAUACCGAAAGACUUAUUGAACGCCUACAUUCACGUGAAGGAGAAGGAUGUCCAGAUAUUUCAAAAGAUGGGAGAGGAUCAGAGGCGCCUUCGGUUCUUAGAAUCUUUUUGA